AGGCAUCGACUUGAUCAAUUGGUAACUAUGGCUGCUACAUUUGAAGAGGAACUGAAUUUUGAAAAUGAAGAGUUCCCAUUUCCUAAAACAAUCACUAGAGAAACAUUUCUCAAUGACUUGCAAAUAGAUCCAACAAACCCAGCUCAAUCAAUUGUAAGAAUAAACGAGGUCAAAUUCAAUGUUGACCAGUUUUUAUUUGAUCACUAUAGAUUUACAUCAUUAGAGGAUCUACAGGCUGAACUUUCUUCAUUGCUGAAAGAGCUUGAUCAAGAGCUGUUCAACCUCGUUAAUAACGACUAUUUUGAUUUCAUAAAUCUAGGGAAAUCAUUAGAAGGUGGUGAAAAUUUGGUUGACAGAUUAAGAGUAGAUGUCUCCAAAUAUAGAAAAAAGCUCAAAGAUGAGAACAGCAGAUUGGAUGAAUCAAAAAAGCAUGUUGAAGCCUCGGUAGAGAAUAUCAAAAAAUUGAAACAACUUAAAGUGAGUUGAAAUGAUACAAUUUCAAGAGCAUGGAUACUAACAAUAAAAGAAACAUGCACAGAAUAUGCUUCUACUCGAGACUUUUAUUGAAAAGUUUGAAACAUUGUUGAAUGAGAAUAAAGACUAGUAAGUGCAUUCGCCAAUUCAUCAAAUUACAGAAUCAUCUAACACCUUUCUAGCAUACAAAUUGAAGUCUUGAAACAAUUAACAUCAUUAUACCUCACAAUCCAUCAAAUAUUCACAUCAUUACCCAAUUUUCAAUUUGUUGCGCAAAAAGCUGAAAGCGUGAAUAUUUUGAGAUAUGAAUAUAGAGGAGUUCUAGAUGAAUUCUUAAGAGGACUACGACCAGAAACAAGCUCAUACAAAGAAGUUGCGGAAAUACUAGGUAUAUAUUCCAUUAUUGGAGAUGAAAG